AUGGUUGCUCACCAUCUAAUAUGGUGUUCAGUAGUGAACAAAGAUAGAAAAGCAGCUCUAGCCACCAAUUCCCCAGUAGCUCACCGUACUGGUUUAGUAAGGCUUAUUGAAGGUACUGUAAUUGAUGGCAGAUAUGCACAAAUCAUUGAAAGUACUUCAAGCUUUAUUUUGCCUUCUAUCAGUCCAAGUGCUGUUGCCAAUGAAAUAGUGCCAACUGCAACAAAAGUCCUUGGUGAUGGGGCUGGGGCUAGUAUUAUAGCACCAACUCCAGUUGUUUUGGAAGGUUCCUUAACCGAUUCAGCCGGUAGCGAAGAAACAAGUACUGAAUCCAGUGAUGAAGAUAACGAAGAAGACAGAAAUGGACGUAAUAAAUCUGGAUUGAACUUCCAAUCUAAAAAACGUACUCUCACUCCAGCAAUAAGGUCAUUUGUUUCCCGGCAACGACCUUCAUUUGCUCUCAAACGUAAUAAGGCAGGAGCUACUGCAGCAGCCACAAUAACCAGAUUAUAUUUCACUCCUACAGUUACUGCUAUACCUGUAUCAAAAGCCAACAGGCUUGGCGGUAGACGUAGUUCAAGCUCCAACCAAGUAACACAGCCAACAGCGUCUGGAAGUAGAAGAUUUCCCGGCCUAAAGCUACGACUUCAAGUAGAUGAAGCAGCAUUGGCCAAGUUAAUGCUACAUCUAGUGUAUUUAGAUGAGCUGGAGCUUAGAGAAGUUCUUCAUUGGGCAACAGCAAUAACUGAAGGACUAGUUCGUUGUUUGGUGGAAAUUCGAGAUUUAGAAUCAGACCUAAGGCUGCAGCAGGUCUGA